GUUUAUAGCAGUCGAUCGGUGGCUAUGAACCAAAAAGUCCAAAAAAACCUUGUACAGAACUUAUUUUGAUUUGUUUUUCCCGGGUGGUUUAACGAAUCCUGCCCGUGCUACUGCAGCUCCGUUGCCUCCCGCCCUUUUUAUCCCGCCCCUCGUACUCACGCAUGAACACUUGCCGUGCCACUCUCCCUCUCCCGCCAAAGCUAGCUCCCCCGCCACCAUCAAUACGCCCCACCCGAAAGGGGCAGAGGAGAAAGCCACCCUCCUCCACUGACUCCGGCCAACUCCGAUGGGGUUGCGGCGAGGCACCAAUGGCUGCGUCUGCCGCCUCGUCGUCGCUGCUGUCAUUGUCGCGCUCGUCGGCAGCGGGGCGGCGCAGACGCAGGGAUCGACGACGUCGGGGCCUGGGCCGAAUUACUUCAACCCCAAGAGCUUCAACCCGUCGAUGGCGGUCGUGAUCGUGGUGCUGGUUACUGCUUUCUUCUUCCUCGGGUUCUUCUCGAUUUACAUCCGGAGGUGCGCCGGGGGGCCGUUGGGUGGGCCGGGGGAGUAUGGCGGCGGCGGCGGCCGGGUGGGAGGUGGGUUUACGUUUGCGUCUGCGGCGGCGCGGUCGAGGGGGGUGAGGGGGCUGGACCCGGCGGUGCUGGCGGCGUUCCCGACCAUGGCGUACGCCGACGUGAAGGCGCACAAGGCCGGCAAGGGCGCGCUCGAGUGCGCUGUGUGCCUCAGCGAGUUCGACGACGACGAGACGCUCCGGCUGCUGCCCAGGUGCUCCCACGCGUUCCACACGGACUGCAUCGACGCGUGGUUGGCGUCGCACGUCACGUGUCCCGUCUGCCGCGCCAACCUCGCCUACGACGCCGAGGCCCUGCUGCCGCCGCCUGCCGGAGGCGUUGCUGUGUGGACCACCGGGCAAGAUGUCGCGGCGGCGCCGCCGCAGCAGCCGGCGACGGCCGCGCCAGAGCAAGUGACGGUGGUCGUCGUCGCUGAUGCAGAGGAGACGGAGGAGGAGAGGGUCAGGAGGGAGGAGGCGGCCGAGCUGAUGCGCAUCGGCAGCGUGAAGCGCGCGCUGCGGAGCAAGUCCGGCCGUCGCCCGCCGCAGUUCCCGCGCUCGCACACCACCGGGCACUCGCUCGCCGCAGCCGUGCCCGCCGCCACCACGGCCGACGAGGCCGCGGAGCGGUACACGCUGCGGCUCCCCGAUCACGUGCUCCGGGAGGUCGUCGCCGCAGGGAGGCUACGCCGCACGACCAGCCUCGGCGGCGGCGACGGGAGCACGCGCCACAGCGGCUUCGGCGGCGCCCGCGCCGGGAGGAGCGUCCGGCUCGGGCAGUCCGGGCGGUGGGCCAACAUGUCGUCGGUGAUGCGCACGUUCUCGGCCAGGCUGCCGGCGUGGGGCUCCGUUCGGCGUGGCGAGGCCGACGCGCCGGCGAAGGGCAGCGCCAAGGUCGCCGGCGACGGCACGACAGCCGUGGAGCAGCAGUGCGACGGCGACGGUGACGGCGCGUGCCCACGUCCACUUGGUGACCACGUCUGACGUGUCUUGCUGAUUGUUAGUCAAAGCAGUAGAAGUACGCCACUGAUAUUAGGAAGGCGUCCUUGUCGUCGCCGUUAAUUCCCCUCUUUUCGGCGGCAAAAUUAGAGCAAGUGUGUACAUAAAGUCACAAACUUUAUGGUUUGGUUGAAACAAUUUUGUACAAUUGCAUAGUUCUUCUACAAUUCGUGGUACACAAUUUGAUUUCUGGA